AUGCCCGCGUCGUCCUCGCCGCCGAUCCUUCCGGUGCCGUGCGUCCGGCUCGCGGGCGACAGGAUCUACAGCUGCGCGGUGUGCCGCACGCACACGAGCUUCCACGACGACGUCAUCUCCAAAGCGUUCCAAGGACGACACGGCCGCGCGUACCUGUUCAACGACGUCGCGCUCCCGAACGUAGUCCUCGGCGAGAAGGAGGACCGGCUCCUCAUGUCGGGCCUGCACACGGUCAGGGAUCUCCGGUGCGUCAAGUGCCAGACGACGCUCGGGUGGAAGUACGAGAUCGCGUGGGAGCGGAGCCAGAAGUACAAGGAGGGGAAGUUUAUACUCGAGAAGGCGCUCGUCGUGUGCGAGUGGUGA